GUAUUACUAAACUUCCUGAGUGUUAGUUUUCCAUAUAACUAUGUGGCUGUUGGAUGUAUUACGUUUCUUUCUUGCAGUAUCUUAUGUGUCGGCGCAAACCAAGCCUGUUAUUACACCGUCCGGUGUGGUUCCAGUCGUACAAGGGAGUAACCUGACUCUUACAUGUUCCAAUAAAAGCAACGUGACGACUAUUAAUUACCAGUGGUGUUCUAAGAAUCGAGCACCUGCAUACUCUUGUUAUAGAGCGAUUGGCCAGGGCGAGUGUGUCAACGCUUAUGCAGGCGAAAGAAUUUAUGGAAUUCAAUGUCUGGGCAACAGUGUGUUUAACCUGACUAUCUACAACGUACAGAAUUCUGAUGACGGGAUAUACUGGAAGUGUAAUCAUGUAGUGGGCAAUACAUCCACGAAUAGCGAGUCUAUACAGUUAGACGUGCAAGACGGUCCAGACAACGUGUAUUUGAACCCAUCAACCUCGUCUUACACGAUGAUAGAAGAAGAUACACUGCGAGCUAUAACAUGUUCUGCCAUGUGUAGCCCGGCCUGUACGUACACGUGGUUAAAAUCAGGAUCGACGUUCAGUCUUGAAGCAACCUUGGACCUCGGUGAGGUUGAUAGAGUGGAUGCCGGUUCGUACGUCUGUAUUGCAAGGAACCCAGGGUUGAAUGUCUCUAAGAGCGGACAAGUUGUGAACAUCGUUGUCAGAUACGGUCCCGACAACGUAUCUCUGUCACCUUCUACAACGGACUACAUGGUGACAGAGGGAGACAACCUGGCGGCUAUAACGUGUUCUGCCACUUGUAACCCGGCCUGUACGUACACGUGGUCGAGAUCAGGGGUUACGGUCAGCUCUACAGAUACACUGGUACUCAGUGAGAUUGAGAGAAGGGAUGGCGGAUCUUAUAUCUGUAUGGCACGGAACCCAGAAUCAAGUGUUUUAAAGAAUGGGCCAGUCGUGAGCAUCAAUGUAACAUACGGUCCCGAAAAGGUGUUAAUUUCACCUGCUACCGGGUUUUACACAUUGACAGAGGGAGAUAACCUGGUUAUAAAGUGUUCUGCCACGUGUAGUCCGCCCUGCACAUACACGUGGUCAGGAUCAAUUGACCCGUGGACCAUACCAUGGGUUACGCUUAGCUAUAAAGCCACACUUAACAUCGGUCAGAUAAAGAGAUUGGACGCCGGAUCCUAUAUAUGUGCGGCACGAAACUCGAUAUCAAGUGUUCCAGCCCAUGGUGAACUAGUGAGCGUCUUGGUCAGAUACGGCCCAGACAACGUGUUUAUUAAUCCAUCCCAGACGUCUUACACGAUGACAGAAGGGCACAUGGUGGGAGCUAUUAAGUGUUUUACCACGUGUAACCCGUCAUGUGAGUACACGUGGUCCAGGUCAGGAAGGACGGUCAGAUCAAAUGACACGCUUAACCUCGGUGAGGUUGAGAGAGGAGAGGCCGGAUCAUACGUUUGUACGGCAAGGAACACAGGUUCAGGCUUCUCAAGACGUGGACCAGUAGUUAAAGUCACUGUGAGAUAUUCACCUGACAUUGUAAUAAGCCAGUCCACUGCUUUCUUAAACGAAAAUUCCCCUCUUGAUCUUAUGUGCAAGGCAACAGGUUUACCAGCUGUGUACAACUACACAGGCUUUCUGCAGCGAGUGAAUGAUAUCGUGGUCCCAAACAGUCACGUGGGAAGACCCGGGUUGAGGGAUAUUAUAUCUGUGAACAUCCCCUCUCUCCGACUUCAGGAUACAGGAGUUUACACUUGCUACGUUCAUAAUGGGAUUAUUGGCCACAACAAACAACUCAUUCAGACUGUUUCACGAAAGGUUGAGGUCCAAGCAUCUCCACGAUUCCUCCUUGAGGGAACCAAUUUUUCCGGGGAAACGUCAGGAAACAUCACCAUUGCUAUUCCAUUUGUUAGCAUUCCUGAGCUCACAUCAUACAGUGUGCUAAGACACGAUGGACAAGAAGUUUCGACGAACGAAAAAUGUUCUCUGCAUAUAAGGAAUGAGUCUGUCCAUCCUUUGUUCUAUGGACAGCGAGUCACACUCACUGGAAACGUUCUAGAAAUAACUAUCAGAGACUUGUCAGAAAAGGAUUUUGGGAUAUACAAGAUGCAAAUAACCAAUGAUAUUAACACGACAAAUUUCAGCAUUAAUGUCAAGGCAACAAGCAGGCCGUCGCAACCAACAGAACUGAAUCUGACCACGUUGGACAACAUCGCUACUUUUGAUUGGAACAAAGGGUUCAAUGGAGGUUAUGAACAAACAUUUGUUUUGCAGACGUCGCUUAAUUCAGAUGAUUCGUGGAAGAACGAAACCGUAAUUAAUGAAUCAGAUGCAAAGUAUAUUAAAGGAAAUGGAAGGUUUCAAGUACACUUAACAAACCUAGUUCCAGGAAUACAUUCCGCUAGACUGUUGGCUUUUAACUUUAUUGGAGCUGCUGAUCCUGUUGAGUUCAAAGAGCAAUUUAAAAUCAAUGAGGUGAACAAAGAGAAGCAAACAUCAAUACCCGAGGCUAUGAUAGGAGGAACAGCAGGAGGAGGCAUAGGUGUAAUUGUGCUGGUUAUUGUUGUUGUUAUCAUCUUCCUACGGAAAAGAAAGACGCAGAAAGGACAAGAUGAUAGCGAUUUGACGAACGGACAAAAACUGGAGAAUUUAUCUCACCGUACACAACCAGAAGAUGACAACAUUCCAGAUGAGGUGGAAAACCCGAUGUAUGUAAGUGGAGAUGAUGUGGACAUUCCAAAGGUUACAACUGCUGAUAUCUAUGCAACGCCUCACAAGAAAAAGUCGAAACAAAAUGAAGGUGCCGGUGAUAUAUAUGCAGUUGUGGACAAGAAAAAGAAAACGAAAAACAAAG